AAAAUGGGUUCGCACGAUAGACUGCAAAACGUAAACACAUUUGCAACUGUAUAUAAAAUAGGCGAAAUAUCUGUAACAACCUGUACCUAGUUGUAGAAAAAACGUCAUUGUUGUCAUCCAAGUUGAUAUUGUUAAAGAAUCUGUAUUAAAACUAAAUGUAUAUGCAUGAAGUUGUCCCCCUCCCCCUUAUUUAGACUGUUUGCUAUGUGUAUUUUUACAGGACCUGUAUUUAAAUAGUUUACGGCUAGUUUUCUCGAAUAAAUAUGAAAUAAAUGCGUUAAGUCUUUCUGGGGUGGUCUUUACACGUACCCCCAAAGUAGACUAUAAAUACUGACUCUCGUCAAAGAUGCCACACUCGACAUUACAAAUAAAUCUGGCUUACAUUUCGGCUUUAUUUCAAAACGCUGUUCGGUGGUUGUGUUAAGGUUACAAUUUAAGCAAUUUAAGUUAGUCAAAUAUUGUUUUAGAAAGUAGCACUGUCUGACUUCGGGGUGAAUUCAUGAAUUAUAUGAAAACUCUUAAGUGUUGCUCGCACUGACAGGUCAAAUGAAGCUCACCAACAAGAUAGUGGGACAGAGGAAGGUGUGCUCCAGGAAGAGGAAGCAGGUGGAGUACAGACGUACAGAAGGCCGCCCUCAGAACACUCGGGCGCCAUUUGGUCUUCAGUAUCACUUGUGGACAAUCAAAAUGUUGGCAGACAUUGUCCUGCUCCUACUGGCAUUAGCACUUGAGCCAGUGAACAGCAGUGAGACUCCGAAACCAGGAAUGUGUGCCGUCUGCCCGGAACCACGCUGCGCGACUGUCGUGACUGGAAUAUGGCUGAAAAGAAAUGACAAGAGUAUAUGGCAGAAAGGAGAUGAAGAAAUCCCAGAGUGCUUCCUGGACAACCUAAAGUCAGAUGAGCCCUGUCAGAUGCCUGAUGGUAACCUUGUGCUAAGAACUGCGGAUGACCUUGACUUUGAAUGGAAGAACCUCUCUUCGGCUGAUGGAGAGUUAAUCUCCUCAGUGAGUAAGCCCUGCGCUGAGCUUGAUCUACCUUCCAAGCCUUACACCGGAACAUGGCACACAUCCUCAACCACUCCUUCAGCUGCUUCCCUGGGAACACCGCUCUUGGUGACUAGAGACCACGCCACUGCCAUUGCUGUACCCAUCUGUUUAGGUCUUCUCAUUCUUGGUGGCAUUGUUGGUGGCAUCAUUUGGAAAUACAUGCGUGCUGACCGGGACACCAGUAAGAGUUCGCAAGUCCUGUAACGGAGCCUGGUGCAUAUGCCGCGUGUUCAGUCUAUGGUAUACCCUCGGCUGUCGGCUGUGGGAGGAAUAAGGGGCUCUGAAGAGCUCCUGUGAUUAGCGGUGGUCGAAGAACCAGGAGAGCCACGCACGAGCGACGCAUCCUGCCGAGCGAGUCCCAAGAAGCAAGCAACAUGUGACAAGGAUCAGGCUGCACGUUCUGGAACCAGAAAAGGGCGAACGGCCUUCCCUUCUUCACGACAACUGCCACAGACUUUUCAGCCCUAUAUAUAUAUAUCUUAAGCUGAACCCAGGCAAGACGGAGAUGAUCUUCAUCCCUGCUCCAUCCUCUAACCUUCUUGACUUUUCUAUUUCCCUGGGGGACACUGUGGUGUCAUCAUCACCCACCGCAAAAAACCUUGGAGUGGUGAUGGACAACAGACUGUCCCUCUCCCAGAACAUCACGGCGGUGAGUCGAACGUGCAGGUUCUUCCUGUACAACAUCCGGAGAAUCCGCCCCUUCCUCACCACCUACGCAACCCAGCUCCUGGUUCAAGCGAUGGUCCUGUCCCGCUUGGACUACUGCAACUCGCUACUGGCUGGUCUGCCAGCAUCCGCCAUCAGACCCCUGCAGCUCAUCCAGAAUGCUGCAGCGCGUCUGGUCUACAACCUCCCCAGACAUUCCCAUGUCACCGCCCUGCUCACUGACCUCCACUGGCUGCCUGUUAUGGCUCGCAUCAAAUUUAAGACCUUGGUGCUUGCAUACCAGGCAGCUAAGGGGUCAGCACCAGGGUACAUUCAGAGGAUCAUCAGACCCUACACACCAGCCAGACCUCUCCGUUCUGCCACCUCUGGACGCUUGGCACCUCCCCUCUUCGCGUCUGCACUUCCCGCUCCCGUCUGCUGUCUGUCCUGGCCCCUCGCUGGUGGAAUGACCUCCCCGUGAUGGUCAGAACAGCAGAGAAUCUCACCACUUUCAAACGCAGACUGAAGACUCAUCUCUUCAGGCUGCACCUCUCCCCACCCCUCCCUAGCCUAUAGUUCAGCUCAUUGUACCUAGCUAGGAUAAUUUGAUUAUGUUAGUGUAUCUGGCAGGAUUGUUUUUGUAUGAUUAGGUGUGAUUCCAGUGCUAGUUUGUACUUGGUAGGAUUCUUGCUGCUGAACAAGCUUACUCUACAGGGUUGGAGUCCUGAUCGAUGUGGUCACUUCUGGCACUACGAUCCUUACUUCACUCUAGUGUUUCUUUUGCGCCUCUACAUCAUGAAACCUAUGCACUUGUUGUACGUCUCUCUGGAUAAGAGCGUCUGCUAAAUGCCUAUAAUGUAAUGUAAUGUAAUGUAAUAUAUGCAUUUGGUGGUACAUCACAGAUUAGGCAGAGAAACUGUUGAAAGAGGGGGCAGGGGGAGAUGAGUGGGGCCCACAGAGUUGUUGGUGAUUUGCUCUGACAGUAGGGGAGGUAGGCAUCUGCUCUGACAAGAAGAUUGUCUCAGCUAACAUCCAGGGAGCGGUCAAGUAGAAGUAAACUGCAAACAAAGAAUGCUUAUCAGGCCAGUCCUUUCUGUACCACAAUAAAACAUCAGUGCAAACCCAGUGUAAACUUGUAUUUUUAUAAAUCCAUGACAAACCAUGUUCUAGAGCAUAUUCACCAAUUUACCCACCCACAUAUAACUUUCAAUUAACAAUGUUGUACAUUUUAAACUUUCUCAUAAAAUGCCAGUUGUACAGAUUCUGAUGUAGCCUAGUCACCUGAAUGCUACCUUUUUAGUUUACAAAGGAGAUGGUACAGUAGAAUGGCCACAUCCAAUUUGUUCAGGUGCAGGGCAUAAACAAUAUGUACAGUAAAAAUAAAAUGUCUGAUGUUUGAGCAGACUAGGCAGAACUGGUGUCGUUUCAAAUAGAUAUGAAUUUGGGUUUGACAUCAGCAUACCUUUGAAAUGCACGUCCACAUGCCUCUGAAUAUUUGUCUUCUUAGUUGGUUUGAAGGUUGGGCACAACGGGCAGUGGAAUAAUUGUUUGCACCAACAUUUGCAGCCAACAUUUGCAUACGUUUAGCUAGUAUCUCCAGACAAUAUCCACUCACCAAGCAUUAUAUAGCUUCCAUGCUAUGGGAAUGUGGCGUCAUCAACAGCAAGUCCGCCAUCUUUGGAGAAAACGGUGCGUAGCUAGCUAUCUAACGUUAGUCUUCAGUUGACAAAAAAACCAAUGACUCAACUUCACACCAUGGUUGGCAAAGCGUGCUGUGUAAUUGGCUGCAACAGUCAUCCACACGACCAACUAACCAAAUUUAAACUGGACAACGGAAUAACAUUUCACGCGUUUCCAACAUGGAAGUUAAGUGGGGGAUUUAGCUAGUUAGCUAGCAUAAGUAAACACAUAGUUACUUUGUCCGGAUGAUGACAUUAGUCAGCAUUUGUUCGGUGGAUUUGAAGGUCUUGCACCCACCCGUUGGUGAAUUGGGCAUGGGCCAUUAAGGAUUAAAAUUUUUUAAUUGCUGACAAGUGUAGGCGCUAACGCCCAACACUAGAUAGGCGCCGACAUCGGUCACACUAAUCGGUGGCAAGCUGUCAAGAUUUGUAGACCGCUCAGAACUUGGCAACUCGGUACGGGUCGAUGUUAUUUACUAAUAAAAGUUUUUGGUGAUACCGCUCCCUUGCCUCUUUUGUGAGUUUUUCCCUCUACGGUCAUUUCAGUUUUUCACGUUCUUUAUACAUUUAUUUAAAAAAAUGUAUUUGUUUAAUUAUUUAAAACGGCUGGUGACAGUGACAGAUCACAGCUGACAUACAGACCUUUAAACUCGUAUUCUCCAAAGAUGGCGGAGCCGUCCCAGAAUGCUCCGCGAUUCCCGAUCAAACACGGCGCGCCAGUUCGAAAGAGUUGGAAGUUGGGUGUGGUCGUCUCUUUGUCUUUGCGCUUCCAUCCUAACUUUUUUACUCAAGGUAUGAACCGAGAAGAUUUACACACCGAAUCUGAAGAACGGUUGUAAUGACAGUCUCUGUCGUCGUCGACGCGGAGGCUCAGUGGAUCAAGCAAUCAAGGAUAUCUCAUUUCGCCCAAUCAGAUUACUGCAGACCAGUGGCCCAUCCAGUCUGGCAAUCUGCAACCCCCCUAGGAGUGUACUAAUCACAGCAGUUAGUUUGCGUUUCAAAACUAUUCGUUUCAACGAGGUCCCAGAAAUGAAUGGGAGUGAAUUGGGAUCCGGACAACCGGGAGGGACGGCGAUGCCAUUAGCAGUCAGCAGGGACGGCUGAUGCUGCUAGUAUUCACGCCACGCAAAUACAGUGGGGUAGCGUCCACAAAAUUGCAUUAUACCCAAGUGAAAUAUCCUUUUAAGCUCAUAUUCAUGGUUUAAUUUCAAACCCAAUGUGCUGGAGUGCAGAGCUGAAACCAUAAAAAUUGUGUCACAGUCCUGGUACUUGUAGACUGCACUGUACAUAUUUAUUUCAAUGUAUAUAUAGUGUAUGCUUGUAGAUGUGCACUUGCACAAGUGCACAGCCACACACCCAUGCAUAACAUAAAAAUGCAAAACACACAAAUGCAUAGAUGCACAAUCGCAGACACACAAACGCGCAUAAUCAUAAACGCGCACACACACAAGAGACCAGCCUUGUGAAAUUUAUUUUCAUUUUUAUUUGAUAA